AUGGCGAGCACUGUACAGGAGAACGAGUCGAAGCUGCUAGAGCCUUACGCGUACAUCAGUGAGCUACCUGGCAAGAAUGUUCGCGGUAGGAUGAUCGGCGCCUUCCAGUCUUGGCUGCGUGCGCCCACCGAGGCCGUGGAAAGCAUUCAAAGCAUCGUGGACCAGCUACACAACGCCAGUCUCCUUAUUGACGAUAUCGAGGAUGACUCGGAGAUGCGACGUGGCCAGCCAGUGGCCCACCACAUCUUCGGUGUGCCUGCCACUAUCAACUGCGCCAACUACGUGUAUUUCCUGUCUCUGCAAAAGUGCCAAGCUCUCGGCAACCCACGAGCUCUACAGGUCUACACAGACGAGAUGUUGCGGCUACACCAGGGCCAAGGCCUCGAUAUCUUCUGGAGAGACCAUCUACAGUGUCCUACAGUGGACGAAUACCUCGAGAUGGUGCAAAACAAGACGGGAGGACUCUUCCGACUGGCUGUGGGACUUAUGCAGGCAUUUAGCGACUCUACUAUGGACUUUACACCGCUGGUAAACGCUCUGGCCGUGUAUUUCCAGAUCCGAGACGACUAUGUGAACCUGCUGGACGAGGCCUACAUGGAGAAUAAAAGUUUCUGUGAGGACCUGACGGAGGGGAAAUUCUCGUUUCCGCUCAUUGUGGCUAUUCGUGAAAACCCACAAGACACACGACUGUUGAGUAUCUUGAAGCAGCGCACCAAGAGCCUCAACCUAAAGCAGUACGCUGUACAGUAUCUGCGUGAGACGGGUGCUGUAGAGCUCACGCUGGCCAAGUUGAACGCGACGGUACAGGAAAUCCGAAACGAGAUUGCAUCGUUAGGAGGCAACCCGGCACUUGAACAAAUCGUCGAAGGAUUGCAUUCGACGAUAAAGUGAUUUUCGACGGGACGGGAUCGCUCUCUGCUCUCAUAGACAACUUUUCUUGAUGUUUGCAAUGGUGAAGAA